GGAACAGACGGCUGCCUGCUGGGAGCCAAAACGAAAGCACUCUGGCUGGGACUGGCCCGGAGUCAGGACUCCCGGGAGAGGCGAGCGAGAGCGGGCCAGCGCCGGGACCCCAAGGCUGAGGAGCAAUUCCAGCCUCUCCUGCCCAGAGGCCCGCGGCUGAGUGGGCGCAGAGGUGUGGUGUCUGCCCCCCCUCGGGGGGGCAGGACAGGGCCUCAGGCCUGGGUGCUGCCUGGCACCUGGAAGAUGCCUGUGCCCUGGUUCCUUCUGUCCUUGGCACUGGGCCGGAACCCCGUGGUCCUCUCUCUGGAGAGGGUUGUGGGGCCUCAGGACACCGCCCGCUGCUCUCCGGGCCUGUCCUGCCACCUCUGGGAUGGUGACGUGCUCUGCCUGCCCGGGAGCCUCGCGUCCGCCCCAGGCCCCGUGCUGGUGCCCACACGCCUGCAGACAGAGCUGGUGCUGAGGUGCCACGAGGAGACUGACUGUGACCUCUGUGUGCGUGUGGCCGUCCACUUGGCCGUGCACGGGUACUGGGGAGAUCCUGACAAAGAAGAGAAGUUCAGAAGAGCCGCUGACCCAGAGCUUGAGGAGCCUAGGAACGUCUCUCUCCAGGCCCACGUCGUGCUCUCCUUCCAGGCCUACCCUACUGCCCACUGCGUCCUGCUGGAGGUGCAAGUGCCCGCUGCCCUGGUGCAGCCUGGUCAGUCUGUGGGCUCUGUAGUAUUUGACUGCUUCGAGGCUGCCCUGGGAGCUGAGGUGCAAAUCUGGUCCUACACUCAGCCCAGGUACCAGAAGGAACUCAAUCUCACGCAGCAGCUCCCUGACUGCAGGGGUCUGGAAGUCCAGGACAACAUUCAGAGCUGCUGGGCCCUGCCCUGGCUCAACGUGUCUGCAGAUGGCGAGGAUGUGCGCCUGGUGCUGGAUGUCUCUGAGGAGCAGCACUUCGGCCUCUCGCUGUACUGGAACCAAGCCCAGGGCCCUAUAAAACCCUGGUGGCACAGUAACCUGACUGGGCCACAGACCAUUACCUUGAACCACACAGACCUGGUGCCCUGCCUCUGUAUUCAGGUGUGGCCUCUGGAGCCCGAUUCUGUCAGGACCAGCAUCUGCCCCUUUAAGGAGGACCCCCGUGCACACCGAAACCUCUGGCGCGCUGCCCGGUUGCAGCUGCUUCCACCGCGGGGCUGGCGGCUAGACGCGCCGUGCUCGCUGCCCGCCGAGGCCACUCUGUGUUGGCAGGCACUGGAUGGGGGCCCCUGCCUGCCGCUGGUCCCACCGCUGCCCCGAGAAAAUGUUACUGUGAAUAAGGUUCUUGAGUUCCCCUUGCUGAAAGGCCACCCGAACGUCUGUGUCCAGGUGAGCACCUGGGAGAAGAUACAGCUGCAAGAGUGCUUGUGGGCUGACUCCCUGGGGCCCCUCAAGGAUGACAUGCUGCUGGUGGAGACACGAGGCCCCCAGGACAAUGGUUCCCUCUGUGCCUUGGAACCCAGUGGCUGCACCCCACUGCUCAGCAGGGCAUCCACGAGGGCAGCUCGCCUUGGAGAGCAGUUACUACAAGACGUGCAGUCGGGCCAGUGUCUACAGCUGUGGGACAAUGACCUGGGAGCACUCUGGGCCUGCCCCAUGGACAAGUACAUCCACCAGCGCUGGGUCCUGGUCUGGCUGGCCUGCUUACUCUUGGCCGCUGUGCUUUUCCUUCUCCUUCUUCUCAAAAUGAACCAUGUGAAAGGGUGGCUGAGGCUCUUGAAGGAGGACAUCCGCGCGGGGGCUGCCGCCCGGAGCCGCGCGGCUCUGCUCCUCUACUCCGCCGACGACGCGAGCUUCGAGCGCCUGGUGGGCGCCCUGGCCUCGGCACUGUGCCAGCUGCCGCUGCGCGUGGCCGUGGACCUGUGGAGCCGCCGCGAUCUGAGCGCACAGGGAGCGCUGGCCUGGUUCCACGCGCAGCGGCGUCAGACCCUGCAGGAGGGCGGCGUGGUGGUCCUGCUCUUCUCGCCCGGGGCCGUGGCGCUGUGCCGCGAAUGGCUGCAGGAUGCCACUUCGGCGCCCAGGGCGCACGGCCCCCACGAUGCCUUCACUGCCUCGCUCAGCUGCGUGCUGCCAGACUUCUUGCAGGGCCGCGCGCCCGGCCGCUACGUCGGGGCCUACUUUGACAAACUGCUGCCCGCGGACGCUGUGCCCGCCUUGUUCCGCAGCGUGCCAGUCUUCUCUUUGCCCUCACAGCUGCCCGACUUUCUGGGGACUUUGCAGGGGCCCGCCGCCCCCCGCCCCCGGCGGCUCGCGGAGAGAGCGGAGCAAGUGUCCCGGGCCCUGCAGCCUGCCCUGGAUAGCUGUUUCCGGCCCCCAGCGGCCCUGGGGACAGGACGCGGGAUGGGGCCUGAGGCAGGAGACAGGACUUGAAUAAAGUCAGACGCUAUUUUUCUA